GUUUUUGCCCUCCCCGGACUCUGGCCUCCUGGGUUCCACCUGCCCUGCUGGUCCUGGCCCUGGUCCCUCCCUCCAGUCCCUCCUCACACCCUCUGUGUCUCACAGGCUAACAGCCCUACUGCUGCCGCUGUUGACGCGAUGGCCCCGCAGCAACUCUUCCGUGCGCUGGUGUCCGCGCAGUGGGUGGCGGAGGCGCUGCGGGCGCGUGCUGGGCCUUCUCUGCAGCUGCUGGAUGCCUCCUGGUACCUGCCCAAACUGGGCCGUGAUGCGCGCCGUGAGUUUGAGGAGCACCACAUCGCGGGGGCCGCCUUCUUCGACCUGGACCAGUGCAGCGACCGCACGUCGCCCUACGACCACAUGAUGCCCAGCGCCACGCAGUUCGCUGACUACGUGGGCAGCCUGGGCGUGGGCACCGCCACACACGUUGUGGUGUACGACGCCAGCGACCAGGGCCUCUACUCCGCUCCUCGCGUCUGGUGGAUGUUCCGCGCCUUCGGCCACCGCACCGUGUCCAUGCUGGACGGUGGCCUCCGCCACUGGCAGCAUCUGGGCCUUCCGCUCAGCUCUGGGAAGAGCCAGCACGCGCACGCUGAGUUCCACGCCCAGCUCGACCCAGCCUUCCUGAAGACGUUCGAGGACAUCAAGGAGAACCUGAUGGCCCGGACCUUCCAGGUAGUGGACGCCCGCGCAGCCGGCCGCUACCGCGGCACCGAGCCCGAGCCCCGAGAAGGCAUUGAACCCGGCCACAUACCCGGCACUGUGAACAUGCCCUUCACCGACUUCCUGACCACGGAGGGACUGGAGAAGAGUCCAGAGGAGAUCGGCCGCAUGUUCCAGGAGAAGAAGGUGGACCUGUCUCGGCCACUGGUGGCCACGUGUGGCUCGGGGGUCACUGCCUGCCACGUGGCAUUGGGGGCAUACCUGUGUGGCAAGCCAGACGUGGCUGUCUACGACGGCUCCUGGGUGGAGUGGUACAUGCGGGCCCAGCCCGAGGAGGUACUCUCCGAGGGCCGGGGGAAGACGCUGUGAGGCUGGGCAGGGACGCAGCCAGCUUGGGGACAUCCGGCCACCAGCCCCGCCACUGGGACUCACAGCGUGCUUUUUCACCCACCUCGGGUGGUUCGAGGGGUGACAGCCCAAGCCCCAGGAGUUCCGUUAGUGGGUGACCUCUCAGAGAGAAGGCGGGGUGGCCAAGCGCCCCCACCAGUCAUGGUGCUGAGCUGGGGCCCACCCACCUGCCUCCUGUAUUACCUGCUCAGGAAAUAAAGCAGCCCAGGGCUGAACCCUGGUGCCUGGGGCCCUGC